AUGAUAGAAAAAUUAGGAAAAAAUACUGUGAAUAAUAGUUGUGGUUUUGAAGAAACUCAAGAGUCACUUAAACUCGACCAGCAGAAGAAACUAGUGAAUCAACAUCCGCUAUCUACUGAUCAACAAAAAGGAUCCUUAAUAUUUACUACCCAUCCAAAUAUGGCGGUGGUGCAUGUACCAGAUUCGUUAAAAAUAGACAGAACGCCAUCUGCUGAUAAUUCUGAGUCAUUGCCUUUGGCUAGCCAUAUUCGAGCUUCUAGCAAGAAACAACUAAGGCAUAAAAGUCCACUAUUUCUUGAAAAGACAAUAAGAAGAGAAUCGGUUCCAGCUACUACUUCUCCCCUACAACUAAUAGCUAAAGGAGGACACUACAUUGUGAUUGAUCAUCCUUAUGCCACAACAGCGACUGUAAUAGUUAACAUAACAAAGCUCUCCCUGGCAAAAAUACCUUUGCUGCUUUCACCUGGGGCAGAUGUAAAGAAACUUGCUGCAUCGACCCAUGACUACCAAAGAAAUCGUAUCAGUGUAUGUUUACCUCAAUUAGAUCCGAUAGGUAAAGGCUAUGUGCGUAUUGAAAAAUAUGGUCUACCAGGAGGCGCUGGAGGUAUAGAGCUUGACACGGAUAUAUUGAUCACCCAUGUUGAGACAGGUUUUAAUUUUAUAGGCAUGUCUCAUUCUCCAGAAAUGUUCAAUAGCUGGCGUCCUUUUUUGGAUGAAUUUUCUGCUACCCUCGCAAACAUGUCCUUAAAUUUGAGAGCAGUUUGUCCACCCAUGUCUAUCGAUACCUAUGAUCCAGGUAACCAUUGCAGUACCUUUGAGCGUAUCGCUAGCAACGCUACUGGCAGAAAAUUACGCUUUGAGCAGUAUGGGAAAGCUUAUCUACACAUCGUAUACCAAAUCAGGGACAAGAUUCAAAAAAAACAAAGCCUACUCAUAGACCCAGCAGAAUAUCCGCCCCAUUGUUAUAGCGUAAGCUUACAACCUAACUUUUUUGGUUUGUUCCCUUUAGUUAGUGAACUUUCGAAACUCUACGCGACACGACUAGGAAGUAAUGUUAGUAUUGACCUUGGAAGGGUACUGUCUAUCGCAGAUGUAGAGGUUAGUUUUAACGAUGCUUUUACAAACUUUGAAAAGAAAGUAGAAGAUCGCCAAGAACAAAUCCGAAAAACACUGGAUAGGGUCAGUAAAGAGGUGGAAGAGAUAGAGAAUGAUUUUUAUUGUAAGAGGCAAGGAUUGAACCUUUCAAAUUCAAGCUGUGGGGAUCUUAUACAACACAUUACCUCAUUCAAGCAGCUAAGUAUCUUAUUGAACAAGAAAUUAUCGAUUUUAGAUGAUUUAGUUGGGGCUGAUGAAGCAAACAAGGUAAAUAGAAAGUCGUUAGUAAACAAAGUUUCCCUUUUGCUAGAUCAACUAGAAACUCUCUUACUGGAAUUGGAGGAGAAGAAAAGAAAUAGUUCUAAAAGCUAUUCUAUAAAAGCCGAUGGGCUAGAGUUAAACCCAGGGAAUUAUGUUCUAAAUAAUCCGCAUAUGGCUGAAAAUGUGAUUAAGUUGUAUAAAGCCUUAAAGGAGAAACUCCAAAAUCAUCAUAAUCCUAAAAUACGUAAUUUUCAAUUUCAAGUAACCGGAGGGGAUAGGUACAAGGGGCCAGAUGGGAAACCAUAUUCAUGUAGUGAACAUACAAUAGUUCCAGGUGCAGCUCCAUCGGGUGCACAUAUGGAAGAUAAUGGUGCCAGAGCUGUAGACAUAAGGAUAAAAUUAUCAGAUGGGUCGGAUAUCAUACCUUUAGAUAUAGUUGAGGAACUCACAAAUAAGAAUUUGUAUAAGUAUACAAUGCUUUUUCUUGAUUAUAAAGCUUUGCCUAAAAUUUAUCCAGAUAGACAUUAUCAUUUUCAAUUACCAAAUACAACAGAAUAUGGAGGUGGUAAAAAAAAAUAA